CGGUUGAUCAAAAAUGACCUGAAAAGUAUUUGAAUUAGCCGAUAUAUAAUUGAAUUACACGCUUUAAUUGGAAGUGUGUCAUGUUCACUGCAGUUUCAGCGGAGCUAAUCGUGACAGCUGCUGUCCGCCUACACAAAGCAGCAUUUCUCAGACUCCCUGUUAGCCAGUUAGCUCCUAGCUAGCUGCCAUCGUCAGUGAUGUUACUGUAGCUUGUCUACCUGACUCUUGCUGACCUUCAGUGGCGAUUGGCCCCCACAGCCAUCUGUCAACAUGCAAGGCUUCUACUCCAAGCUCGACUCCUCCCCGUCCUCGUCCCCGUUAUUGGGGGUGGGCCUCGGGCGAGAAGGUGCUCCCGUACCUCUCAGCCUGGCUGUGGAGACGGAGAAAGCUCAGGCCCUCCUGCAGACAUUCAGCUCCGCCUCUCUGCUGGCGUCGGCAGGACUCGGUAUGUUCUGUGUGGUGGCGGACCACGCCCUCCAGCUGCCGGUCAUCCAGCACCAUCUGUGGCUGCGCGCUGCCUUGGACAACGCCACGCAUGGAUUGGUGGGGCUGUGGUCAUGGGCAGUUGUUAUUGGACUGAGGAAAAAGAGUGAUUUGUAUGAGGUGCUGCUGGCGGGUCUUCUGGCAUCAAUCAUAGACCUGGACCACUUCUAUAUGGCUGGAUCCCUGUCACUCAAGGCUGCAGUCUCACUCCCUCAGCGUCCUCCUCUACACUGUUCGUCUCUCAUCCCCGUCCUCUGCCUCUCCCUCCGCUUCCUCAUGUGGCUCGGACGCCUCAAAGAUGCUUGGUGCUCCUUGCCGUGGAUGCUUUUCAUUUCCAUGGUGACACACCACGUCCGGGAUGCCGUGCGCCACGGCCUGUGGGUGUGCCCAUUCGGCAACACGGCACCGCUCCCCUACUGGCUGUACGUCAGCACCACGGCGACGCUUCCUCACCUGUGUUCAGUGCUCAUGUAUCUGACAGGAACCAGGGAUGUGAUCUCCACCAAACACGGGGUGGCCAUUGAUGUUUAGACGAUCUGGUAUGGAUCGCCCCUUGGCAAAAAUGUUCUUAGCUGUUUGUAACAACUUUUAGAUACUUGAAGUUACUGGGGAAAACAUUUGUGGCACUUGAAAGAUGAUGCUGAAAGACAAACUUAAAACAUGUGUUUUACAGCUUGGGUGAAGAGAAAUGUUGGCUAAGAACGAUGAGGACACUGUCACUGUAUGAUAAUGGAAAACAAAAAAACCUUACAAUUUCAAUUUGGGUUUCCAUGGAUGGAGACAUCUGUAAAUUUACAAAAAAUUAGCUUUUCAAAAAAAGAACGUUCCAGUAUGAGUGCCAAUCGUGGAUUUUUUCCCCUGGUAUUAUGGAAAUGUAUCAGGAUCCAGUUCACUUAUCUGGAGAGUGAUGCUUAUCUCUAACAGCUGUCUCAAGUGUUUAGGGAGUGACCCUUUAAAGCUUUGACAUAUCGUUUUGCAGAGGCUUGCCUGCUAUCUGUUCAUCUACAUAUGAACGGAUAGCAUACAUAAAUCCUUAUAAAGGGACCCGAGACUUGACCUCCAGCAGUCACAGCCAUUUCUUGGCCCCUGAACUCUAACAAGUCAUCACCUGUCUAUCACGAUACAUCCUCAUCAAGAACACUCAAGGAAAAGUCAACCAAAGGUCAACCACAGGCUGUAUGACACUGGCAUAUUGUUAUCAGUGUCACUUUCACCGUCAGUGCGUCCAGCAGUAUGUUACCACCCUUAGUCCGCUGUGCAUUUAAAAUUGCUCAUCUGCCAUCGUAGUGAAAUUUAAUGUAUUGUACAUUGUAGAGUGAGUUUUAAAUCACUAACACAUUCCAGUGACAGAUCCACAAAACAAACAUGAUCUUUGGCUGUUAACACCUACAAUAUCCAGCUGUCACCUCUCUGCCACUGCAGCAGACUCUCAUUUUGCUGCUUGGAUCAGCCUUAUUGUCCAGUCAAAAACAACUUUUCCUAUAGAAGCCAGAGUUUUCAGUGCCAACCAUGUCCAGCAGUGGUUAUGGAUCAGGAUAUGUAACCUGGUGGUAUUUCUUGUUUGUUUGUCGAAUGUGCAGCAUCUUGGCAUGGCAUUGUUGGAUUUAGCCGAGAAAACAUCUUUAUUCUUAAAACGAGUGGCAACAGUAAAACCUGGUUAAGCUGUUGCUGUAAAAGUUUGGAUUAACUGCUCAGGCACGGAUUUUAGUUUAAUCCAAAGCACCAGUUCUGUUGGUUGCACUUGCAUGACUCAACCUGGGAAGUGAAAAGUAUUCCACUUUUAAGAGGUACUGUGCUGAAGAUGCUGUACAAAUGACAGAAAACUGCUUUUAUUUGGACAGUUUCAAACAGGAAAGUCCACGCAGUGUUAUUUACAUUUACAGAUUUAGCUCAGUAGUUGCAGAUGGUGAAUGGUGAAAUGAUUUUGUAUUUUAAAGUCAGCGAUGGGUGUAUGGUGUCCCAAGUGACCUCUCUUAUUUUACACCACACAUAGAAAGGAUAAGGGAACUGGAAAUAUGCUGGAUAUUUAUUUUUGAAGUUUUCAACAUUCGUUCAUGAUUUGUUCAAUAGUGUGUCAGUAAUAUCUUCAUAUUACUUAUUGAUAUUUACGGAAAUGGAAAAUGGAAAAAAAAAUGUAAUUGCUGCAUUAACUUGCUGUAUAUUGUUCCACUCAGUUUUUUUUUUUUUUUUUUUUUUUUUGUAAUGCUACUGUAAUUCAAUGACUGAUACAGUCUACAGGCUGAAACUCCCUGUUGGCUUUUCAGUGGUGAAACCAAGACUUACAGAAGAACAUGGACUGUUUAUUUGAACUAUUUAUCACACAUGAAUAAUAAUAUCAUCCACUAAGACACAGAACAUGUAGAGGUAGGAAGGAGAAAGUCAGCAGUAUUCUUUACUAUAUUUUAAAUGAUGCAUAAUAGUAUGUUGUAAUAGAGUGGAUAGUGGAUUUAAUAGGUUUUAGGAACAUUCUAGUUAUUUGAAUGUAAUUUACAUGCUUUGAGUAUAAAAGGGAUGAUGGACUCGUGCAUCUGGGAGAAGUUUGCCCUCAGAGCUUUCUGCCAGAAAGCCUUACUACUUGGUUAAGGCUAGGAAAAAAAGAAAGGCACAAAGCCUUUCUGCUAGAAAGCCCUGAAGGCAAACUUCUCCCACAUGCUGGACUCAAGAGGUUUCUAACAGUCUGCUUCUAUCUUUUUGAACUGGGAUAGAUUUAAGUUUAUGGUGAAGACAUAAUCACAGUAUUCUCAAAUAUCAGCCACAACAAAUAUUUUAAUUUCUAUCAGAGUUUUUUAUUUAUUGAAAUUGUUUUUGUUUUGCUGCUGGUGAUUAAAGUUGUAGUGAUGCUUGUUGUCCACUAGGCAGCUGCAGUGAGCUAUAGGGAAUCACAGUUUGUUCAUUUGGAACUAAGCAGGUCCUAAAGUCUGAGAAUUGCACAGUGUGUUAUAGAACAAAAAGUCCUGGUACAUAUGACUUUAGCUAUAUAUUUUCAGUUGUUUGGGUGUGUUAGUCGUUUUGUUUUGCUGCUGUUGCACUAUUUGUGUUUUAAUUAUUUUGGAAAUAUUUCCCUUUUGAAAGGUAUAAAGAAUGGAUUGGAAACUAUAUUGAAAACACUGUACUACACCUACUUAACACCGACUUCACUGAAAGUGAAUUUUAGAAAGAAAAGGCUACACGAUGGCUGCCGUCCCAUUUUAGUUGCCUGUGUAAUUUUCAGUAAAACAUCUCUUUUGCUGCUGUUUACAAUGUGACCUUCAAUAAUGCAAUAUUAUGUUGAAUUUUGCACAUUUUAAGUUUGUUUGAAUUUCAUUUUGUAUGACAGUUUGGAUUUCAAUAGUAAGAAAGUAUAGAUAGUAACAAGAUAGUUUUAAUGUAGUGUUCUUUUUAUCUCAAUAAAAUAUAUCCUGUGUAUAUA